AUGACACCUCCAACGCAGCGGAAAUACCACAUCGUGGUGUUUGGGGCCACGGGCUACACCGCCAGGUUGUUUGCUCAGUACCUCGCUAAGCACCCCAUUCCUGGUAUCCGGUGGGCGCUCGCGGGGAGAAAUGCCGCCAAGAUUGAGGCUCUACGAGACAGUCUCAAAGAGGAAAAUCCUGACUGUGAAGUAAUACCAGAUGUGCAGCAAUGUUCUCUCUCGGAACCCGAUCUGGACAGUCUGACCAAAAGUACAAAAGUCCUCGUCAACGGCGUCGGUCCGUACUCGACCUAUGGUGAACCGGUGGUCAAGGCGUGCGCAGAGAAUGGCACCGGCUACUUCGACUGGUCGCCAGAGACCGAAGAGAUGAUUGAGAAAUACCAGGACAUCGCAGAAACCAAUCGAGCGCGCAUCAUCCCCGGCAUUGGCAACUCCAGCGAACCGUCUUCGAUCCUGGCGCACCUCGUGGCGAAGGAAUUCCAGACCAGGUACGAAACACCAGCCAGAGAGAUAAUAUGCUCGUUUUACAUGAAGAAUAUGGCCAUGAGCCAAGGGUCCUUGAGCACCAUGCACGCUGUCAGCGAGCGGCAGAAACCAUGGUUUUGCGCUGCAUGGGACCCGGAGCUGGGAUAUCUCGCAUUGUCCUAUCCUUCGUCGGGGAAUGAAGCUGUCGUUUAUCGUGGCCGCUACCUGGAACCGUCAAUCUUCCACCCGGACUUGGUCUAUCACGAAUACGCGCCUGUCAGCUCAAAAACCGCAGCAAUUGGGGUAUACCUGGCCAACAAGUUAGGUAUCGUCAUACUAGGCCACAAACGUCUUGCCUUCGUUGACGAAGCUGGAGCCGCGGCACGAGGCGACAAGAACGCCAAGGACUUCAACGACAAAGCAUUCGUGAGGGCGGAUUGGCAUUACGAUGGUAAUAUGCAUCAUCAUUCCGCAGUCCUGGCUGUGGAGGCGUCGGCCGUGUUGUUGGAUCUAUGGGGGAUGGAUUUUGGGUCCAGCACUGGUCCAGGGAAGCCAGGCUUCGGCUUCCUCGUCCCGGGUUGUCUUGGGGAUUCUUUCGUCGAGAGACUGAAGAAGGUGGAUGGCCUGACGAUUGAGGUUUCGUAA